GCGGCGACCGCUGCCCAACAUCCCCCAUGGCAACCGCCUGCCAUGCCACAAUUGGGCGCCCAUGGGCCUAUAUUCCGUUCGAGAAGGCUUCUGGGCGUCAUCUGCACCUAAUUGGCGAGAGACAGACCCCAGGCAUCAGAGGCCCGAAGGCCGCGUGGCGCACAUGGCAGGCGGCCGAUGCGCAUGGCGAGUGGCAACUGGCAACUGGCAGUGUUUACUCCCGCCGCAUGUCCUUCCUUGCCUCCGUCACGUAGCACUUUGUUUUUGUUUUCACUGCCUUUCCUUAUUCCCAAAGCAUGUCGAACAAGUACCCGGUGCAGGACAGGAUGCGGGAGAUGUCAAAGCAGGAGGAGAUCCUGCUGAAGAGGAAGCGGGAGAUCGAGCGCAAGAUGAAGGAGCAGAAGCAGGCGGAGGCGAAGGCCAGCCGGACGCCCCCGCUGCCCCGAGUGCCAGCGCCUGCCACUACCUCAGCCUCGGUCACGUCCCUAAGUGUCUCCAGAUCUGCCUCGGCUCCAAACAAGUUUAGUAAUGAUGGAAGUUUUUUUGAGCAGUUCAAGAAGAUGGCAGGGCAGCAAACAGGAAUUAAGGAGGAAGGAGACUCAUCUGUGAAGUUCAAAAGUUCCUUACCAUUGUCAACAAAGUCCAAAGCAUUAAACCAAGUCCCCCCACCCAAGCAGUUCCAUCCAGCCAUUUUUUCUCCUGAGAAAAAAAGUACAUUGUCACCCAGUCCAGAGCCAGUAAAGGUUAAAACUGAAUUUGAUAGUGAAGAAGAUACCUCAACUAUUACUGCGUCAGUAAAAAAUGAAACGGAUCAUCCUGAUUGGUUUAAGGAUGCCUUGAAGAGAGCCCAGGAAAAAGCAAAACAGUUAUCCUCAGGGCAAGCAGUUUCUCUCUCAGCUGGUUCCAGUGAAGAUGACAGUGGCAAGAGCCAUGACAGAGAGGAACAGCAGGUUAAGAGGAGGAAGAGUCGCUGGGAAGACUCCUCCCCUACCAAUGUGCCUACUGUGCUGCCUGCGCAAGCUGCUCCCACCGCCAGUCCCAGCCCCAACACAAGUGUGAACUUAAGCGUGCCAGCCAGUUUGAUGGGCAUGAUUGGGGAGGGUGAACACUACGAAGCCAUCCAUGGAGUCAUGGUCACAAAAUUAACCAGAAAUAAUCCGGCCAUUUAUGCAUACGCCAAGAGAGUCUUUAGCACAACAGACCUAACUGAAGCACAGUGGAAGCAGUGUGAAGACCAGAUGAAGAUGAAUGUAGUGUUCCAAUUGCUGCAAGCUAAGAAAAAAGAAAGUGAAAGAUUGGCUAGACAAGGAAAAGUCAAGUAUGAGUAUGACUCUGAUGAAGAUACCGAAGGUGGGACAUGGGAACAUAAAAGACGUCUUCAGGAAAUGCAAGAGACUCAAGCCAAGGCUGCCGAGCUAACUACCAUGGCGGAGGGAAAGCAUCAUAUAGGAGAUUUCUUACCCCCAGAUGAGUUGGCCCGAUUCAUGGAAAAGUACCGUGCAAUAAAAGAAGGUCGGGAUCCUGACUUAUCAGACUACCAGCAACACAAGUUGACAGAGGACAAUGUUGGCUACCGGAUGUUGAAGAGUAUGGGCUGGACGGAAGGCAUGGGUCUUGGUGCAGAAGGGAAGGGCAUCACCACCCCAGUCAAUCAGAAUGGUCGGUCUGAGAGUCAAGGAUUAGGUGUCGAGAGACCAGACAAUUUAAACGAGGAUGAUGAUGAAUACGAUGCAUAUCGUAAACGCAUGAUGUUAGCAUAUCGAUUCCGGCCAAAUCCUUUGAAUAAUCCACGUCGUGCAUAUUACUGAUGUCAGCAGGUGCUAGUUUCUGGUACCAUGAAAUUGAUAAUUUCUGAUGGCAACUGCAGGCAUUUAAUAAUGAUUAUUGGUAUAAGUAUUAAUGUAUCCAGUGUGAUGUUACUGAUAAGAGCAACAUUAUGACCAUGUCAAUAGUUAGCACAGUCUGUUAGCAUAUUUUUGGAUUUAUGCAAUAGUUAUGGUUUGGAAAAGGAUUUCUUAGCUUAAAGCAUAAGCUUUUAACAUGUGGAAGGCAAUCCUUUGAAUGUAUGUGCUAACAUUCCUCAUGAUAUAUAGUCACUACUUUGACAAAUUUGCUAUUUCUGGACAGAAAACAUAGCUCUGCGUAUACUGUUUAUGAUUUUUUUAAAGACGACCAAAUGUGUCACGCUAUAAUAUUAUUCUGAAAUUUCUUUUGUUGUGUAUUAAUGCUCAAACCUUGAUGUCUGACAUUAUAUAUAUAGGGAUUUUAGUGUUUACAGAUAUGUAUGGAAUAUAAAACUGGAUGUGUUUGUCUUUUUUUUUUCUUUCUUUCUUUCUUUUUAUUUCCCUCUUUCUUUAUUUUAUGCAAAUGUAUAUAUGCAGUAUAUAUAUGCUGUCCAUGUUUUACAAGGAGAUACAUUGACAUGAAGUUUCUGUUGUCAUGACUAUUUUUUAUUGAUUGCCAUCACUUGGUGGUUGUUUUUGAUUUUGUGAUAUUGUUAUUUUUAUUUAUUUUUUAUUUUUGAAAAAUAACUGCCCAUACAUAUACUUAGUUAACACAUAUCAGUAAGGAAAAGGGAAUAUUUUGCCAUUGAGCAAAAAUUAUAAGGGAAAGCUAAGCGAUGAUUUCUGGAGGUAACUGCAAACUGAAAAUUUGUUUUUAGUAGACUGAAACCCCAUCCACAUGAUUAAUACGUUCUAUGCAGUGCAACCCACUUGUGGGUCAUGAUGCUUCCUUUUAUUUUGUGACCCACUAGUGGGUUGGGAUGAGAGAUUCAUAACUUUCUGAUGUUUUUAUUUUACUGCAUUUCCAAUUUUAUGCAGCUUUGAUAUUAGUUUAUAAAUGUUCAAGUAUUAAGUCAAGGCAGAUAUGAUAAUAUAAUUUUAUAUUGUGAAAGCGAAUUUACUCUAAAGACCACUAUUAUUUUUUAAGAAGUUGUUAAAGUGUACACAUUUAAUACACGAAGAACUGUUUUCUUUUUAAAACUUUCAUUUUUUUAUACAGACUAAUGCAUGAUAAUAUCAAUGUGUUCCAAACAUACACACAGCAUACAGCUUACAUAUAUCUUGCCUCUCAGACCUGGUCACUAUUCACAUUUGUAUACUUUGUACCACACAGCUAGAUUUUUUUUUUUUCCCCCCCAUAAAAUUAGAACCUUACAUGUAGCUUGAAUUUGAUGAUUUUUCAUCAAGACCCUCUGAAUUGACUCACUGAUUGUGUGAUCUAUGGUGGGUUUUAUUACAAAGACAUUUUUUAUUCUCUGAAUGCAGCUCAACCCACUAGUGUACACAUGUUUUAGGAAUCCAAUAGAUUCUUCAAAACACCUAACAACCAAGUACCUCUUCAAAUCUUAGCCCAGGGAAAAAAAAAAAAUCUUUCACAAUAGGGGGGAAUUGGCAUCAUUGCCAUUGACACAAUGAUAACCAUGGUCUA